UUUUUGACAGCCGACUUAUUUCUUCAUCUCAUCCCCGUUUUUUCACGUUGGGAAAUGGACAGAAUUAGAAUUUUUUAAUUAAAAGAAGUAAAAUAAAUUAAGGCCAAUUGGAAAACCAACUAAAGGGCAAUUUAAGGGUAAUAGAAAGCGUGGUAGUAAAAUGUUCUCUCAAAAUAAAGGCUUGGCUAAGCUGUUAUCAGUUUUUAUGCUGGUGGUCAUAGGUUCUGUGAAUUGUCUAUAUGAAGAUCAAAUAAAAAAAUUUGACUGGAGGACUACCCAAAUUGGACGUUUGGACCAAGCAUAUGUAGAAUUAAAUGGGUUUCAACCGCGUUUGUUGGUGAGCACCAAGGAAAAUGUUAUUGCCUCCCUGUGUCCCAAAAGUGGUGAGGUACUAUGGCGUCAAGUAUUCGAAACUGGCCCAAGGGGUAGCAUAAAGCUAAUGCAGUUGUCUUCAGCGUCUAGCGGUGCUGAUGCAACAGCAGCUGCUCGUCCUGGUUCUGCACAUGGCUUUGAUUUAUUAACGGUGCAAGGCCAUGCACCCGCAUUGAUAAGAGGCUGGAAUGCUAAUACCGGUAACUUAGAAUGGGAGUGGUCCCUCAUGCCAUUACAAACGGAAAAGGCUUUGUCUUCAAUGUGGUUCUAUCAAAAUGCCAUGAUUUAUCACGUGCUGCCUGUGUGGAAAUCACAUUUGGAAGUAACACCUUAUUUUGCUACAUCUGGGCAAGCUACGGGUAAUACAGCAAAAAUAACGGCACCAUGGAUUUCUGAGGAAAAGUGUAUCUUGGCUGGUACAUAUUUCACUUGUAUCGAAGGAAGUCAAUUGAUAAGUUUAGAUUUAACCGCUAACCAGCCACAAGUUAUUAGUAAGGCUUUAGGAGAAACUCCAGUGAAACCCAUCAGGGCUAUGGAGGGCAUCAAUGGUGUUAUUGUUGUUGAUGAUAAACUGGUCGGUGUUAAAGAUGACAUCCCUGUAUGCAAUGCCCUGCGUGGCAAUAGCUUUACUCUGGGACGAUUCAAUAACCAAAACGUUAUUGUUACAGCUAAUGUUAAAGAUAAGUAUCUCAACAUUGAUGGUUAUAUCUCUGAGAGUUGUCAACAAAUAACUGAAUUAACAAACUCUAUGCCAUAUCCCGACCAUUAUGGCUCACCUGUUAUUAAGUCAUUCGAUUGCAAAAUGAACCGCAACAAUGAUGGCAAGGGAUGUUUGUUUAUAACCGAUACUAGCGAUGACAGUAUUUUGGCUGUGCAGCAAUCCAAAUUCCGGUGGACCAGAUCCGAGGCUUUGGCAAAUAUUAUAGCCACAGAAUUCAUUGACUUACCGCUGGCUGACAGUGAAGGAGAAUUGGAGAAAGAAAUGAAAGGCAAAGCUGGUGACGAUACUAGUUUAGAGACAGCUGAUAUUGUCAGUGCUUUUAUUCAUCGGAUCUCUUCACAAGUUCUACACUUCAAAAGUUUACUCUUGCAUGUGAUUGGUUUGGGCUCUAAGCCUUCGGCGACACAAAAAGCGGGCUUAGUACGUGAUGCAUUUGGCUUGCACAAAAUGUUGGUGAUACUUACCAAGAGUGGUAAAGUGUUCGGCAUAGACAAUAUGAGUGGCAAACAGCAUUGGCAGCUUCAUUUGGAUAAUGUGGAAGAGUUUUCGAAUGGGGAACAAAUGCGUUUGCUUAUACAAAGAACCAGCAAACAUUUCCCCCUACAUGCUCUAUGCAUGGUGGUUGCCAAAGAUAAAACCACCGGAAAUGGUGUUUUAUAUCGUUUCAAUCCCAUUACGGGUCAACCUGCAGAGGGUGGUCUGCUGCAAUUGAAUUAUCAAAUCAAACAAUUGUCUAUGUUGCCUGAAACUGAUACAGAUUUUGUGAAGGGCAUAUUGAUCAUGGAUAGCAAUAACAAAGUUCAAGUUUAUCCAGAACAUGCUAAAUCUAAGGCCAAUGGUCUCUACAUGUAUACAGCAAACAAAGCCACCGGUAGCUUAAAUGGUUUCUAUGUAAAAUAUGAGAAUAGUCAAUUAACCACUCUGCCACUGUGGAGUGUUGAUUUGAGUGGCCACAAUGGUGACCAUCAAAUUAUCUCCGUAGCCUCAAAGAAUCCCAUUGAAACUGUGCACUCUCAGGGUCGUGUUAUGCCAGAUCGCUCGGUAUUGUACAAAUACAUUAAUCCCAAUUUGGUGGCUGUAUUCACACAAGCUUCGGACAGCAUACACAAAUAUUUGCUUAAUGUUUAUCUAAUUGAUGUUGUUUCCGGCUCGGUGGUGUUCUCCAUGAUGCAUCGCAAAGUACGUCCACCAUUGCAUGUGGUGCAUUCGGAAAAUUGGUUGGCCUAUGCUCAUUACAAUGACAAAGUUCGACGCACUGAAAUAACAACAAUUGAACUGUAUGAAGGCAAGACACAAGCCAACAGCACUGUAUGGAGUUCUCUAAGAGCACCACCAAUGCCCUUGGUAGAACGUCAAACCUACAUUAUACCAACAUUGGUGACAUCGAUGCGAGAGACUAUCACCGAAAGAGGCAUUACCAGCAAGGAUGUACUAAUUGGUACAGCAAGUGGCUCCAUUGUUGAAUUGCCCUGGGCUUUAUUGGAUCCACGUCGACCCAUAUCAUCAUCAUCAAAUGGUCGCGAAGAAGGAGCCAUGCCCUAUAUACCCGAACUACCAUUACCCACAGAGAAUAUGAUCAACUACAAUCAAACCAUAUCGAGACUAAACUACAUUUAUACAGCACCAAGUGGUUUGGAGAGUACCUGUCUGGUGGUGGCAGCUGGACUAGAUAUGUUUGUUACACGUAUAUCACCCUCAAAAACAUACGAUCUACUGAAGGAAGACUUCGAUUACAUUCUCAUAUCCAUUGUGCUGGUGGUAUUGACAACUGGUUCAUUGGUGGCCAAACAUUUAGCAUCGCGCAAAUCAUUGAAACAAGCUUGGAAAUAGUUUUAUUUUAACUUAAAUGCAUAGACACAGAAUCAGAAUCAGCAAAAGCCACACAAAUUCAACAAACUAAAACUGACUUUUAUAGCAGCAUUAAAUUAAAUUAAAUUUUUAUAUAUAUCUGUAUAUGUAUAUCAAGGUUACAUAGGAAAAUUAUUAAAACAAGAAAAAAAAACACUUUUCAUCCAUCUUAUUCCUUUCUCUAUCUCUCACACACUCUCGCUGUCCCCCUGAUAAACUAAACUUCUGUUAAAUUUAUAUGGGUGUGUAUGCUCAUCAUUGAAUAAACACAUUUAGAAUUCUUUAUAGUUUUUGUUUUUAGUGUUUUGUUAUUGCAAUUAAACGAUGUUCGUUUUUUUAAUUAAUAAUAGUUUCUCUUAUACAUACAUAUAUACUUUACAAUGACAUGCAUUUCAAUAACUGAACAAGCCUAUCUAGAAUUGUAGAUCUUUGCCUUUCCCUUCUCUAAAUCCAAAUCCUUGCUUUUGAUUUGUCUGUUUGACCAAAAAAGAUGCCUUCUUUAUAUAAAAAUUAUUAUUAAUUUUUUUUUUUUCUGUAUGGAAUCCCUCCUUGACAUCCCUAUUUAAUUUGGUGAAUUGAACAUAUACAUACAUCCAUGCCCCUUUAUUAGUUACAUACAUACAUUUUUAUGUGGAUAAAAUCAGCAGUCAUUAAUUUAAUAUUAAAAAUAAUGUUUGUCUAGAUUUAAAUUAAAUUAAUUACAAUAAAAUGGAAAAAAUGGAGGAAAUGUAUAAUGAAA